AUGUCUAGUGACGGUGAAGAAGGUUCUUUUGAAGGAAGUCAAUUGGUUUCUCAAUCACCGAGUAUCAAUUCUCAGACUUAUGCAAUACCAAUACCUGAAGGGAUGUUAGAUCAAUUGGAUAUUAGUAGUAGUAGCAGUAGUGCUGGUGGUAGGGAUGACGAAGAUGAAGAAGAUGAUGAUGCUGAUGUUGAUGUUGGCGUUGGUUCAGAGUGUUUGGUGGGCGUUACAGGUCAAGAUAGAUUAAUAAUUGGAAGUGGAGAUGAUUCCGACAAUGGCGAUGGCGAUGAGGUACAUGAUAAUGCUCACGCCACAAGUGAUGUUUCCUCUACAGCUGAACUCAAUCAUGUUUGUAGUGAAGAGACUGAGGAUAUGGAUAACGUUGAUGAAGGGUUACUUGAUGAUAUAAUGAAUAACACUGGAGGCGGAGGGUUUGUCAAUGGAUUUGAAUUCCAUGAAAGUGAGCCAAUGUUUGAUGUCUCGAAAUAUGUAUUUGAGACUUUGAUACAAGCUAUUAACUCUGCUGAUUUCUCAGAAUCAUUAGCUUUCCAAACAAAGACUUCUGCUGUGAUCAAUGCAAAAAGUUUGGAAUUGAAGCAAUUGAUAAAUAUGUCCAAAGAUAGACUGGUAGAUCUGCAAGAUAAAUUUGAAAAAGGUGUACAAACCUCUAAUAGAAUCAAACGGAAUUUAAAGAUGUCAAGAGAGAAAAUUCAAUUCUUGAAUGACGAAUUCAGAACAAACUAUCCUAUUGAAUUCAAUCAAGCUAGAGAUAAAAUUAUCGAAAGAACCAUUGAUUCUUAA